AGCCCUGCCCACAAGCAUGGCGGCUCCCGGCGCGGCUUCACCUCGUCCAGGACAGUACGAGUCGCUUGCCAGUAGACAGCACUUCCUCUGCUCCGCGGUUUCCUGCGGGGCUGGUAUUUAAAUCCAGUACAGGCUGAGGCAUGCCGCCGCGGCUGUUGCUGCUGUAGCCGCUGAGCUGUCCGCAGGCGUUGAGCUGAGCAGAACCUGAGCCGGCCCGACCCUGGGCUCUUCCUGCUGAGACCUGGACUGAGCCGUCUCCUGGGCACAGCGGGACACACGCCACUCCCCGGGCGUCUGCGAGACGCGCAAGAACCGGGGCGGGGGUGAACUCUAACUCAGUGCUUCACUGCCGCUGCAGCCCAAGCCUGCUGAACGAACGGGAGGCUGACGGUGGGGAGGAGGCAGAGGAAAGAGCUCAUUUGACAUUUUAAUUGCAGAUGUGACUUUUAUUGCCAAUACUAAAUAGCAGUUGGGUCCUUCGAGUCUCAGGUUCUCCUCUCCACCUUCCUCCUCACGCAGUUUCUCAAGCUGGAUGAAGAAGGGACUGGGAUUCCACCCAGGAGAAGGAGAGAACAUAUUCCGAAUUGCCCCUCAUAGCAGGCAGAAUAAAGGAGCGGAUAGAUCAGUUUACUGUCUGCAGCCAGUGUCAGCUUCUGCCUGGCCAUUAGACAGGAGGAUGGUGAGCCACAGCGCACAGUGAUAUAAAGGGUGUAUGUGUGUAGGAACCCAGGGGUGCUCCUGCAGGUGGGGCUUGUGUGGUUGUUUUGUUUUGUUUUGUUUUGUUUUUCUUCUUCUCUCCAUCAUAGUUUUCAAAUAAAUUGAGCCAACUUUUGCUAGUAAUCUCCUUUUUCAAGAAGCAGGUCUGGGAGAGUUGGGGGCUGGGCAGGUGCUUUCUUCCUGUCUGGAUCCAAUACUAGGAGAGAAAGAACAGGGACGUGGGAGAAGGCGUAGAAUAGCUCUAGACUGCUGGGACUCCCUCAGCCAAGAUGUUCAGCUGGCUUGGUCAUGAUGACCGAAGAAGGAAGGACCCGGAGGUGUUCCAGACUGUGAGUGAGGGGCUCAAGAAACUCUACAAGACCAAGCUGCUUCCCUUGGAAGAGUAUUACAGGUUUCAUGAGUUUCACUCCCCGGCCCUGGAAGAUGCCGAUUUUGACAAUAAGCCCAUGGUCCUCCUCGUGGGGCAAUAUUCCACUGGGAAGACAACCUUCAUCAGGUACUUACUGGAACAGGAUUUCCCAGGCAUGAGAAUCGGGCCGGAGCCCACUACUGACUCCUUCAUUGCCGUGAUGCAGGGAGAUGUGGAAGGAAUCAUUCCAGGAAACGCACUGGUGGUGGAUCCGAAGAAGCCCUUCCGGAAACUCAAUGCUUUUGGGAAUGCCUUCUUGAACAGAUUUGUGUGUGCCCAGUUGCCCAAUCCAGUGCUAGAAAGCAUCAGUGUCAUUGACACCCCUGGGAUUCUGUCUGGGGAGAAACAAAGAAUUAGCCGAGGCUAUGACUUUGCUGCUGUCCUGGAGUGGUUUGCAGAGCGUGUGGACCGUAUCAUCCUGCUCUUUGAUGCCCACAAAUUGGACAUCUCCGAUGAGUUCUCAGAGGUCAUCAAGGCCCUGAAGAACCAUGAAGACAAGAUGCGAGUGGUGUUGAACAAGGCUGACCAGAUUGAGACACAGCAGCUAAUGAGAGUCUAUGGAGCCCUCAUGUGGUCUCUGGGAAAGAUCGUCAACACCCCUGAGGUCAUCCGGGUCUACAUCGGCUCAUUUUGGUCCCACCCCCUACUCAUCCCAGACAACCGCAAACUCUUUGAAGCCGAAGAGCAAGACCUCUUCAGAGACAUCCAGAGUCUACCUAGGAAUGCAGCCCUUCGGAAGCUCAAUGACCUCAUCAAGAGGGCACGGCUGGCCAAGGUCCAUGCCUAUAUCAUUAGCUCUCUAAAGAAGGAGAUGCCAUCUGUGUUUGGGAAGGACAACAAGAAGAAGGAGCUUGUGAACAAUCUGGGAGAGAUUUAUGGAAGGAUUGAGAGGGAACACCAGAUCUCACCUGGGGACUUUCCCAACCUGAAGAAGAUGCAGGACCAACUUCAGGCCCAAGACUUUUCCAAAUUCCAGCCCCUGAAGAACAAGCUCCUAGAAGUGGUGGAGGACAUGCUAGCUCAUGACAUCGCCCAACUUAUGGUGCUGGUGCGUCAGGAAGAGACACAGAGGCCGGUCCAGAUGGUGAAGGGAGGGGCUUUUGAGGGGACCCUCCAUGGGCCCUUUGGACAUGGCUAUGGGGAAGGAGCUGGUGAGGGCAUUGAUGAUGCUGAAUGGGUGGUGGCCAGGGACAAGCCUAUGUACGAUGAGAUCUUCUAUACCCUGUCCCCAGUUGAUGGCAAAAUCACAGGUGCCAAUGCUAAGAAGGAGAUGGUGCGUUCCAAGCUGCCCAACACUGUGCUGGGCAAGAUCUGGAAGUUGGCAGACAUUGACAAGGAUGGAAUGCUGGAUGAUGAAGAGUUUGCCCUGGCUAACCACCUCAUCAAGGUCAAGUUGGAAGGGCAUGAGCUGCCCAAUGAGCUGCCUUCUCACCUCUUGCCCCCUUCCAAGAGGAAAAUGGCAGAAUGAUGGAGGAUGUUCUGAAUCAAGCAUGACCUGGAGUGAAAGAUAAAAAAUGUGACAAGAUAAAAACACACACUCAUACACAUAUAGGUUUAAAAAAACUACACCUUUAAAUAAGGAUGACCACUUUUAUCAAGAUAGCUAGAAUUUGACUGGUUUAGACAUGUGAAUGGGCCCCCUCAUGUUGGUAGGAACUCACCCAGAGUACCCAGAUAGGUAAUUCAGGGACCUCUAACCUUAUAACUCAAAAUAGGUUCCCUACCCUUCUUUCUUUACACUUUGACCCCAAGUCCCUUCUGCCUCCAUGACCCUAAGAUUUCUUACUUCUGUAGAGGUAGUCACCCUAAUUUAAAGGUGCAGUCACCCAGAGGUGGCAUUCCAAUUCUUGGCUGAUUUCUGUUAUUCCCAACCAAGAAUCUAAGUAGACAAGAAAGGUUUUUUUAUCACAAUAGUCAAUUAACUUCUUUCCUAUGUAUUUUUUAUUUGGCUUCCUAAUAUGAAGUUUAUCUAGGCAGAGUAGGAAACAGAAUAGAAAACAGAGAAACAAACAAUAUCCUUCAAGCUUUUGUUUUCUAGGUUGAAGGAAGAGGCCAAUACAUUGACCUCUAUACACACCCCAUGCUAAUUUACUAGAGUAAAUUAGUAAAUUAGUGUUCUGCUGAUCUGGCUGUGGACUCAUUUAAUCAAUCUUGUGUUUAAAGAGAUCCCAAAGCAGAGAAAGGGGAUAAAAAGAUGGAAAGAAAACCAAAACUAUCCUGUGAACCAGUAUAGGAACAAUAAGUACACAUGCGGUAUACACUCUUGAAGGCUCUGAAGUUCAGGUGUCUAGAACCUAGCUGGGUGAAGAGGACCAGGUGUAGGAUUAUUUCCUUUUCAUUCUUAUCCUAAAGCAUGAAGACACCUUGUAAGGGCAGCCUACCUUUCUUACAGCCUGCCUCCUGCUAGUGUUGUCUGGCCAAGGACCAAGGAGGAGAAGGUGGACAGUCAGCAUGUCCAUCUGAUGAGUGGAAUUAGAGAAUCUAACUUCUCUAAGACCCAUAUUAUGGAAAUUCAGCAGAGCUAACUGGCAGGAGUGGGUUGGACAAACUGGUUACCAUUCCAUAUUCUUAUGUCCUUUUCUCCUUGACUCCAAUGACUUUUUGAACUGCACCCAGAUCAUAGCCCUUUUUACAGUAUGGCCACCCAUUCACUGUCAGAAAAUCCCUCCAUCCUGAGGUCCCAUCCUGCUGGGGUUCUCAGUGACAGCUCUCCAUCCCCAUCAUCAUCUCUUCAUGCAUCCCUCCUGCAGUUUAUUGAUUUUGUCAUACGAGCAUCACAUUGUCCCUUCACAUACUGUGUUCAUACUAUGACAUAUCGUGACAAACCCCAGAUGUGUCUAAUUUAUUUUAUAUCUCUGUUCAUAUUCUAUAGAGAAAUAUUACAUGUAUCUAUUACACAUUUAUUCUUGCACUGCAUAUUGUCAGCCACCCAUAUAUUAAUACAGUGCUUCAUCCUUUGGUACCGUUGGUCCCAGAGAAUCAUUGAAAUGAGAGAAUGUGGGAAUGGUGAAGUAGAAAGGCUGGAGCUCUUUGAAGGCAUUAUCUUGUAAAAAAAGAAACUCGCUUGAUUCUGUCCUAAAGUCUACAGAAAAGUAGACUGGAGCCUAAUUGCUUCUGGGAUAUCUGCUUCAGAAGUCCCAAUGGCUCAUCCUGGAUCAAGCUGACAAAAGCCACAAAUGGAAUACUCAUAUGUUCCCACAUUUGAAGGGCAAAGAAAGUCUUCAGUUGGAGAUUUCCUUCUGUAUCAUAUAAUUCCUUUUUUUAGCAUGAAAUAAAGGGGGAGGUUCCCUUUUCAUGGGUUCAUUUCAUAAGCAAGGAAAGUAGAGUCCAGUAAGACCAAGUACCAAACCUCAGGCCCCUGAGGUUUAAUGUCCUGCUCUGCCACAUCUGUGUGGCAUCAAGCAAAUGACAACCUCCUUGGGCCUCAGUUUCCUUGUACAAAAUGUAAAGGUUGGACUAGACCAAAAAUGUCAAGCGUGUAUUGUGACUAGCCAUAUUCUGCCCAAAUCAAAUUCAAGUAUAAAUGGUAGUUAACAAAAUAAAUUUAAAAAUACAAUAGAACAUAGAUAAUGUUAAUAUAUGGUAUUCCAAGUCUUUUUUUGGCCCGCAGGGAUCCUUUAGUAGCCCCUAUUUGAUACCACUGGAGCAGACAACCUCAAAGUUGCCAUCUCACUCGAAAUCUAGGCUUCUUUGAAAAAUGGAGUAGGUCACCAGAAGUCAAAUCCAUAGAAAGCAGUUAGUGUUGUUUAAUAAGAGGCACUGGAUUUGGGAUCUGGAGACCCAGGAUCAAAUCUUGCCUUUGCUCUUCAAUAGCUGGGUGUCCUUGGUCAAGUCUUCAACUUUAGAACUCCAGUUUCUACAUCUGCAAAAUGAAGGGAGUAGAAAUGGUCAUUAGGAGGAAUGGGAAAGAGAAAAGAGUAGCUUUUCAAAGAAUAAAGAGGAAAUCUGUCAACUUUUACCCCCCCUCAUUCUCAGAUACAUUAAACUUUAAUGUCAUCUAUCCUUCCCCCUUACAGUUUUGUUAUUGUUGGGCUUUUUUCCCUUUACCCUUCCCUUCAAAAGAGUCUUCCUGAGGAUCCUGGGGGGAAAACAUGAAUCCACUCUUUUGUUUGUCUGUUUUGUUGUUGUUCUGCUUUGGAAUUAAAGCAAUUUUUAAAAAUGCAUGUGGUGAAAAAGCAGCUGGAGACCCUCAGGAUGGGUUAAAAGUCAGAUAAUUCUCUGGGUGGGAGCUCUUCCCUUUGGGAGGAUGCAGUAUCACGUGAGUUAUUUAUAUGCAGAAACUGACUCAGCCUGAAGAAAACACCAGACAAGAUGUAUAAUAAGACCUUCUAGAAGAGAGUCCUUGAAAGUCCAUUCAAUAGCUUCCCCAGAUUGCUCCAUAAGAUGGCCAAACAUUGACAUCCCUUCAGUACUCACACAUUCAAAGUCAAUUUUGAGCACAAAUUCUAAUUAAAUAAACUCUGAUUAAAUAA